ACUAGUUCGGUUAAGGUACCUUGCCAUCACUUAUAACCGAAAACUCCCCGCUUCCAUAUCCAAACUCCAGAGUCUUCAAUACUUGAUUGUCCGUCAAUAUCUAAGCAUCUUACCUUUAGGGCCUUCUCGGUUGUAUCUGCCUAUGGAGAUUUGGACUAUGCAAGGAUUAAGGCAUCUCCAAGUCAUGGGAAGCGACCUACCGAAUCCUAGUUCUAAGGACGCCCUCCUACCAAACCUCUUAACACUUUUAGAUGUUAGUGGUCGCAGUUGUACCAGAAAGGUUAUUAAAAGAAUCCCAAAUCUUAAGAAAUUAGGAAUUCGAAUUGAAACAGGGCCGGAUGACGUUGAACCCUUGUAUUGCUUUGAUAAUCUUGACUUCUUCCGUGAACUUCAAUCACUCAAAUGUUCCGUGAUGAAUCCUAUUUUCCAGCGUGUUGUCCCCGCCAUAUCUUAUAAUUCUAUCUUCCCUACAAGCCUUAAAAAGUUAACUUUAAGUGGACUCAGAUUUCCUUGGGGACACAUGAGUGAUAUUGCUGAAUUGCGGAAUCUUGAAGUGCUCAAACUGCGAUGCUAUGCCUUCCAAGGCCGAGCUUGGGAAACUUACGAGGGGGAAUUUUUCCGACUUAAAUUUCUGCUGAUUGAAGACACUGAUCUAGAGUAUUGGUACGUGGAUUACGAGAGCUUUCCAUCGCUUGAACGCCUAAUCUUGCAGCAUUGCUACAAGUUGAAAGAGAUGCCUUCUGAAAUAGGAGAACUCCCAAACCUUGAAAAGAUGGAGCUAGUUGACUGUCACCCUUCUCUUGUAGCUUCUGCAAAGCGAAUUGCAGAGGAACAACAGAGCGCAGGAAAUGAUGUCCUUCAGGUUUCUAUUAAGUCUUCUGCAGAUGAUCAACGGAAACGCAGGUCAUGAGCAACACCUUUCCUCAUAAUGCAAACACAAAAUCACCUAUUCGAUUGCGGAAGCUCUGUCGAAGAUCAAGGAUGGGAAAGAAGAAGUUGCGCCACAAGGGAAUUCUUGAAUUGCUGCUUGUAUAAAUAUAGGGAUGAUAUUUUAUUUCAGUAAUUUUUGUCCUGUAAAUAUAGGGAUGACACUUGAUUCUCUCUUAAUUCUAAUUUGUAGUGGAAGACUACAAUUGAAAAAUAUUAGCAUAUUUAGUCGGAUGUGUCAAAAAAUGUUAAAAUUCAUCAUAAGUUAGCACAUGUUUGGUAUGUGACCAUUUUAAUUAAUUUGAAAAAUUUUAAUUUUUCUGCUAGUUUUGUUGAUGUGCGUUUUUGCCCUGGUGU